AUGGAGAAAGUGGAGAAAUCCUCCCCGUCUCGUUCCUCGUCCCCUCAGCAAGCUUUGACUGCAGAAGAUGAGCCGCAACGAAAAAUAACCGGUGCCCGCUGGGCAGCUUUUGUUAUCAGCACCUUGACGGCUAUCUUCGUCUACUCGUUGGACAACACUAUCGUUGCCAACAUCAUUCCGGUCGUUGUUAACGAUCUCAACGGAGUUGACAAGCUACCAUGGCUGUCCGUCGGAUUCAUGAUCGGGGGGAUGGCAACUAUCCUCCCAUUCGGAAGACUUUACACAAUGUAUGAUUCCAAAUGGGUUUACAUCAUAUCUUUUGUCUUCUUCCUCGCCGGAUCGGCACUUUGCGGCGCAGCACCAAACAUUGAUGCUGAAAUCAUUGGUCGUGUCAUGGCCGGUGCCGGUGGGAACGGGAUGUAUGUCGGUCUUCAGGUGCUCAUGUCUAUGCAUACUACGGAUAAGGAGCGUCCCACAUACCUUAGCUACGUCGGAGGCACCUGGGGCGUAGGAACCGUUUGUGGUCCAGCUGUCGGAGGCGCCUUCUCGUUGUACAACUGGCGAUGGGGGUUCUACAUCAAUCUCCUUUUCGGGGCUAUCCUUCUGCCAACUUAUCUCAUCGUCAUCCCCUCGGCCAACCCGUUGCCGAAUAAAAAGCAGUCUGAAAAGCUCGCUCUCAUGGACUGGGUUGGCGUCAUCAUCAGCAUUGGCGCCAUGGCAACCAUCGUCAUGGCUAUCAAUCUAGGCGGAGUGCAAUUCCCCUGGAACAGUGGCUCGAUCGUCGCAUUAUUCGUCGUCAGUGGUGUUCUUUGGAUCGCAUUCGCUCUCCAGCAGUCGUUUUGUCUCUUCACGACGGAGCAUAAACGUCUGUUUCCUGUGCCCAUGCUGAAGCAGAAGAUGCCGGUAUUGCUUUUCAUUGCCUGCGCUGGCGGCUCUGCGGCUUGCUACAUGUCUACAUACUGGAUUCCCAUCUACUUCCAGUUUUCCAAGGGAGACUCAGCAAUCUAUACGGCUCUUCGACUGCUGCCGUUCAUCCUCGCGCUUAUCACGAUAAUGCCCGUGAGUGGACACCUGAUAAGCAGAUGGGGUUGGUAUAAACCUUGGUUCGUGGGAGGAAGUGCUUUGACUCUUAUCACAGCUGCACUCAUGGCCCACUACAUCAAUGGGGGCACACCGGUUGGUGCCUUUUAUGUCAUCGAGCUGUUCUUGGCCUUUGGAAUUGGCGCCUAUGCACAAAAUGCAUUUGCCGUCGUUCAGUCAGUUGUCGCCCCCAAAGACGCACCCUCUGGGCUCGCCCUCAUGCUCGUUGGGCAACUGACGGGCAUCACGUUUGGUCUCUCCAUCAGUGGUGCCGUAUUCAUCAACACAGCAACAAGCGGACUUCAUGAUGCGCUACCACAGAUUCCCGUCGAGGAGUUGUCGCAUGUCGUUGCUGGAGCUAGCAACCAGGUCUUUGAGUCAUUGUCACUCGAGCAACGAUCACGCGCCCUCGAGAUUAUUGUCCAGUCCUGGAAUAAGACUUUCAUCUGUGUUUACGUCGCUGCUGCAGCCAGUUUAAUUUCGUCGGUUUUCUUCAAGAACACCAAAGCCAAUGUCAACACCGCCGCUGUGGUUCUAUGA